GAAUCUUUAUGUCAGGGUGUGGUACAUCAGCAAUUGGAAUAGAUUCGCUUUCUGGGAUGGGAUUAAGCUCCACCUACCAAACAGUGUUUAAUAAGAUCAACAAUAUAAUAAAAAAUCAUAAUUCAUCAGUAGAAACCUAUUUUAAAUCAAAUUUUCAAAACCUUUUGGUAUUUAACAUUGAUGAUUACCAUAAUCUGCAUCAAUCAAGACUACCAAGUACCACAUCUAUUUCUCAAAUCUCACAUAUGUCAACAUUACUUGUUAAUAAGAUUAAUGCUCCAGCAAUUCCAAUUAAUGCAUCCAAUAUACAUAACCCCAAUGGUGUUGAAGCAGGAUUACUAAAAAAUUUUCUAAAAAGAAAUUUCAAUAAUAUUAUUUGUGAAAGCUAUGACCAAAAUAAAAUGAAAUGGAUUUUUGUAACUGAUACAAUAGACUUAAAUGAGGAAGACUUAAUUGAUUCAUUAAUU